GAAAUUCGUCAUUUUGUUAUGUGUGUUAUAGCAAUCGGUCUUUAGUGAAAUUGAAUUUCUUGCAUGUGGAGACUUUAAGAAGUUUUUAAUAACUCCUGUUGAAAUCUGGAAUUUUUUUGAAGAAUUUUUUAGAAUUGGAUUCUUUCUAGAAAGAUGAUUCACAUAAAGAAAUGGAAAAGAAUAAGGAAGCAGUUAGAAAAUCAUACUCAGAUUUCUGUGGAAACAAAAAAGUAGAUGCUUUCAAAGCAAAUUUUGUUAAAAGUACUCAUCUUUCUGUAAGACCAGAUAGUGGAAGAAAUAAAAUUUCAUAUAUACCCAGAGAGAAAAAUGCAUCUAUUCCAAUUAAUAAAAAAUUUGGCUUGUAUACAAAUGAGACAAAAACUUUCUUAAAGCAUUCAUGUGAUAGAUGUGGAUUCAGAAGUAGACCAUGUUUAAUUUUGAAUGCUGAUUCUAUCAGUUCACCUCCUGAGGUUACUCGGAUUGAAUCUAGCCAUGAUUUGAAUGGAAAUAUUUCAAAUAUUUCGGUUAAUACUCAUGCCACAUUUUGUAAUUUUACAUCUACAGUAUCUGAUAUUUCUGCCUUAAACAAAGUAUUUAAUUAUCAAUCAAAUCAUCAUUAUGAACUUUCUUUUCCCAAGUCUUCUAAGCAUAAACAAAGAACUUCAUUUUCUGAGCAAAAAUCAUUUAGUUCAAAAAUUACCCAUUCAAAUAAUCCAUUCUCUGCAAAUAGAUUCUAUCCAUCAUUGCCAGAUUCAAGAUUUGGGUAUCAUAGUUCAAAAGGUAUUCCUCAAAAUAUUACUUUUCCAGAACCAAAUUAUAAAGCUUUAGCUAGAUCAACUCGAGAAAAUUAUAGUGCAAAUGGAAAAUAUAAUGGGAAAUACGAGAAAUAUGUUGCAUUGCCAGAUGCGUGCAUGAAUAAUUAUAGAGUUAAAUUGACUGAUCUUUCAGUAUUUGAAAAUCCAAGUUCCCUAAAGGAUAUUUCCAUGACGUGCAAAGUUGAUUAUUUUGAUGAACAGUUACAGAUUAAAAAACAAAAUUAUUCUUCUAAAAAAUGGGAUAUUCCUGUUACAUCAGAGUUUGGAGAGAGUUUAACAAAAAAUGUAGAUGAAACUGAUAAAAUACUUUUUCCGGCUUUGCCUUCCACUAAUCAUAAUCAGCAAGGAAAACUAAAUUCAAGUUACACUAGUAUGCCACCAUCUGAGCGAUCAUCUAUUGAAAGUUCUGAUAUAGAAAUUACUCAUGCUUUAUCAGGUACAAAUAUUACUUUGAAUGCCUCAACUGUUUCAUCCUCUGUGUCCUCUACCAUACCACAAGCUUCUUAUGCUGAUGUUAUACGUAUGUCUACAACAUGCAGUGGAAUUCAAGGCUGUGUUGUAUUAGAUAAUAAAAUCCCAGAAGAGAACCCACUAGUUUCAGAAAACCCUGUACCAGAAAAGUUGUCAAAAGAGGAAAAUCCUCAACCAGGUAGUUCUGAUUGGGUUAUAUCAAGAUUGUCUCAGUUGGAUGUAAAUGUUCCUGAGCCCCUGGGUAGUGUUGCAUUAAAUCAGUGUCAUCAAAAUGGACAAAACUUUGUUGCACCUCGACCUAUUGUUGUUAGUUUAGAGAAACCUAGUUUUUAUAAUUCAAGUUUGCAGACUUGUAAGAAUGUUUUGAGUACUAAUCCUUCAAAUUCUACUUUUCCUCCCAUUGAUAAAAAGGUUGUGGAAAAUGAUAGUUCUCUGGAUGAUUGUUUAAGUAGUUUAGAAAAAAAUUCUGUUGACAGUUCUGUGUUACCCGAAUCAACAAACAGAUCUAGCGAGUCAUCUGAUUUUACUACUAGUAUAACAGAUACACAAAUGGCAAGUAUGAAAACUGAUUCUGUGUACAGCAGUCCAAGUAGUGUUAGUUCCUUUGGCGAUGCAUUUAAACCAACUGAAAAUAGAGAUUUACAUUUAGAUAAUCUUUUGAAAAAACAACCUCCUGUGAUCAUAAUGAACAAUUAUUCACCUCCUGGUAGUAUGUCUGAGAUCAGUUUUGGUAUAGAAUAUGAAGAGAUGGUAAAAUUGUGUUCUGACAAUAACCAUAUUGAGAAAAGCGAGCCACUUGCUGUGCAAGACAUUGGUGAAGAUUCUCUAUCUGAUGAAAGCAUUAAAACUGGCAGUUCUCUCCAAAAAACAUCAAUUCCAUUGUCAAUGGAGAAUGCUUUACCUUCUGCAUCAUCAGAAAUCGAAACAACCAAUAAACGUAUUAAUUUAAAAGAUAAGACUUUGUACUGGAAAGAUUCUGAUGUUAAAUACAAUAAAAAGAACUAUAUAGAGUUGACUGAUUAUUUCUGUAAUGUUUGGAAUGACAUUGGAAAAGAACUGGAGAAAGAAAAAGGUUCUUCACGUGCGAGUGGAAAUACUCAUUACUUUCAUGAAUUAUAAAAGUAACUGUUAAUAUUUUUUUCUUAAAGAAUUAGGUUGUAUUUAUGAUGUAAAAUUUUGUAUAUAGUGUAAGUGUACUCUCGUUGCUACUUUACAGCCUUUUUUUUCAUUUUGAUUUAAUUUCAAACAGAUGAUGAGCAUUUGUUAUUCAUUAUUGUAAAAUUUUCAGCUUUCAGUUAUUUCUUAAUCUUUGUCUGUUGAAGACAUGUCUAAUUUUGAAUGUGCCAUAUUUAUGCAAAUGUAUCAUUCUAGAAGCAUUGCACUUGAUUGAAAUGGUUAGGAAGUCUAUUUUUCUUAAUUCUUUUGCUUCAAAUGAGUCAUGUUGAUAAUAAAAAUGCAUUUUGUUUUCCCUUGUAUUAUUUUUAGUUUUUUUUGUGUCAUUUUUUUAAUUGAAGGUGGGACAGCAACAAAGUUUUAUAAACUUUUUUUUUUUAAUAUUAGAAAAAUAUUGGUGACUGAAUAUUUAAAGUGCUGUUUUAUUAAAUUAAAUUGAUUAUAUUGCAUAUUUUGAAAUUCUGUGUAGUUCAGCAAAGUUUAUGCUGUUUUGUUCCAGAUUUUAAUUUAAAAAAGAAUGCUUGCAGUUGUACUGGAAGUAAUUAAUUGUAAUGUAGUAAUAAAUUCAAAAUUGUUAAGAACUAUUCUGCAUAAAGGGGAGAAGGGCAUCAUUUACACUUAUCACUUUUUUAUGACCAUAGUACAAUCAAGUUUUAUGAUCAAGAAGUGAAAGUAGUUGAUAACUGCUUCCAAAUGCUGAAAUGUGAAAUCCUCUGGUUGAAAGGAAGGCACUGAACAAAAGAAUUGGUUUGAAAUAAUUGGUGUAAAAACGUUCAGUUUUAUAUAUUUUGUUACACCUUGAAUGUCUUAUUAAAAUGAGAUGUCUUAUUUUUUUUGUGACCCCAAGGAAUAACUUUGCCAAAUUUCAAGUGCCUUGCUGUAAAGGAAGCAGGACAUUUAAGUUAUGAACCAGUGAAUGCGAAGAAUAAUUUCUGCUCAAGAAAAGGCAAUGCAAAAAGAUGCAUUUUGCGAUUUCUAAUGAGGGACUUAGACAGUUUGCAUUGAUUUAAUGCAUUUUAAAUUCAUAGAAUUAGCAUUGUGCUGCAAUUGUCUUUUAUUAUCGCCAGAAAUGGAGCUGGAUCUUGUUUGUUACUUUUAUUGAUUAAGUUUAGAGUGACUUAUAGAACUGUACAUAUGAGAUAUUCUAUUGAAUAACCUAGAAUUUAAUUCAUUACUCCAUUAUUUAAAGCUAAAAAGAUAUAUUCAUAUUAUUCGAAUGCCUCUCCCCAAACACGAUUGUACCAUUAUUUGUAAAUGAUAAGAGAGGGAUUAGCAUGUUUUUGAGAAAGAUUUCGUUAAAUGUACUGUUAUUUCAAACUAUCAGAAUCAAGGCCAACUUAAAUGAUGAGAAAUGUAGAGUUGGCAGAAUUCUACUGUUCAAUGGAAUUGUUUUAAUUACCUGUCUAUACUUUGUCUAAAUCAAAAAACAUUGGAAAAGAGCAAAAUUAAACAUGUGAUGGCUGUGUUUAGAAAAAGGUUUAUUACAUACAGGUACUUCAAGGCACUAUCUGUAUACUGCAUUCAAUCGAUUUCAUUAAAAUGUUGAUGCUGAAAAUCUUAUCUAAAUUUUACUGAGCUAAUUAACAUUUUGGGAUCAUCAAAAAUAAGUCUUUUUUUUUAGUUCUUUUUCUUUUCUGUGCAGUAAUGGUUCUUUGUGGGUUGUUAAAAUUUAGUUCUUAUUUUGAGUUAUAUGAUUGAAAAUUUUUUUGUAUAUAAGCAGCAUAUUUUUGUUUUCCUUCCUGAGCUUAGAGUAAAUCAAUAAGAUAUGCAUUGUUUAUUUUCAUUAAUGUAACUACCGAUAUUUAAUUAGAACUUGGUUUUGUUGCAUUCAUGGUUGUGUAGUAGUAUCUGAUUGUAUGAAUGUAUUUUAAAAAUGGAAACUUUUGAAGUGAAAGCAAAGUUUUCAUUAAAAUAACAAUGCAUUAACAUAAACUGAAAUAUUUGAAAAAGAAUAUAAUUUUUUUUAAAGGAAUACAUUCUCUAAUAAAAUCUGAGAAUUAUCUUGUGUUUUCUAUGAAGUGAGAAAAUUUGUUUAGGUGUGGGUUGUUUAUAUACUUGUUUACAAAGAUAUUUGUUUAUAGAUAUUGUAUUAUUCAUACAGUAUUGUAUUUUCUGUGUUGCCUUUUUGAAAAGUAGUUUCAUUGUGUGGGGAUUGUAAGAGUACACAAUCAAAUUUAAGUAAUGAAACUGUGAUAUUUUUAGAAAGAUAUACUCUAGCUGAAUAUUAGUCACACAUUCUUGACAUAUAUGUAAUGAUUAUGUAGUUUUGAUUUAUUUCUUGCUAAGUACAAAUAUAGUAGGUAAAAUAUAGCGUAAAUUUAAAAUUCUUAUAUUGAAGUAUACAAGAAAUGUUAUCAAAAUGUUAAGUUUAAUUUUGAAAUGUAUUAUAUUGUGUAACAAUUGUAUGCAAUACACUGUAAUGUGCAUUGACUUUCAAUACAUGUUGUUAAUUUAAUAUUCAUUAUAAUUCAAUUAAAGUUGGUGCUUAAUUAUUUUAAAUUGUAUUUGUAGCUGAUAUGAAUUGUGAAAUAUAUUCAUAUCAGGCAUUUUGUAUAAUAGUGCAAAGUUGAAAUAAUUUAGUCCUUGCAGAUAUUUAGGGACGUUUCUAACUGAUUAAUCAACUUGUUACAAAAUGUUUUUACCUUUUCCUUUGCUUAUAUUGACAUAAAUUCAUAGCAAAUUGCUUCAUUUAAAAGUAUUUACCGUUGAUGUUAAUUUCUUAAGAUAUAUGAAGUAAACUUGUGAUAGUAUUUACUAUUAUUUCACCAACAUUUCAAGUUGUAGUGAUCUUAGCUUAAUUAUAUGAUAAAAAAUUGUCUUUAAAUAAAUUUAGAUACUUAAUGUUUCAAAUUAAAGUUUUCCUCUUGCCUUAAAUUUGAAUGUGAACUUUUUAUUGAUCUAAUGUAAUGUUUUACAUGUAUUAAAUUUAUUCCCCAUAUUAAUAUCUUAUUAUAUCUCAAAUGAGAAGAUUCUGUCAUUGUUGAAAGCUUAUUUCAUUAACAAAAAUAGGCAAAAUAAGAAAAGAUGGGAAAAGGAAAAAUAUUUUUGUUUUAUUUGAUCCAUCACUGUGCUGUCUGUCAUUUCUGCUUCUUUGCCAAUGUAUCAGAGUUCAAUUUCAUCUCUAUUUGAUUGUUUUAUAAUUGAAAAACUGUUCAUGUAUUAAAAGUAUUAUUGCUGUAACAUGCCCUCCAACAUUGCUUACCCAGUCAUCCGGUAGUACUUCUUACAGAUUUCUUAUAACUUCAAAUGAGCAAUUCUUGUACAUAUAUAUGUAAUGAUAUUUUAAUUCUAAUUUCAAUUUAAUUAAUUUCCAAGAUUUUAUCUUAAUUUAGCCCAUAGUAACUUCAUUCUAAAAUAUUCUCUUAUUUCGUGAUCCAAUUCCACUUUCAGUUUAAUUAAUCCCUUUGUAAAAAUAAUGCGCCAUCAUUACUGCGUAUCAAAUGAAAGUGAUACUUUUCCCCUUGUCUAAGGUCACUCCAGUGGCGUGUGGCCGGAAAUCCUAUGUUAUAUAAGGCAAGUCAUCAUCUGUUCGUCCCUUUUUUCCCUUUUCUUACUUCUGUGUGUGCCGCGCUGCGUUUUCUUGUAUAUAAUCAUGCCUGCUACUCGGAAUAGAAUAAAACGUAAUUAAAAAUACCAAGUCUCUUCUUCUGUUUAAAAAUACCAUACUCUUCACUGUUUCGAACCUGUAUUCUACUUCAAUCAAAAUAUGUUACGUAUAUAUUUAUUUCGUGUAUCUCGGAAACGGCUCUAACGAUUUGAAUCAAAUUUUAUAUUUAGAUAAUGUUUUGCUUAUUAAGUUUAUCUAUAUAGGUGUAUUUCCUGAAAAAACGUGAUUUUACACACUCACACAAAUUUUUUUUAUAACUAUUAGUCUUUUUCUAUCUGCUCUCAUGCUGACAAUGUCAUAUAGCGCCAUUUCGUGAAUUUUUGUGGUACUUGCAUUGUUCCCAUAGGAUGAUAACCUACUGGUGCCUCAAAAUUUUGAGAUGGCGCUCAUGGAUGCGAGAUGAUUCUGAGGUAAGGUUGAAAAAUACUCGCAUGUAAACUGUAUGUGAUUCGAAUCUAAAUAUUUUUUUUUUCGAAAAAAACGGAUUUUACACACACACACACACAAAAUAAAAAAAAAUGCAAGCUAGACUUGCUUUUGUAGAUAUUAUUGCAUUAAACGAAUAUUCACAAAUUAUUGAAGAAUAGAUAUUUCCAAAGAAUUUAAAUUAAAACAUUACUCAAAAUUACUUAACCCUGCUGUUUUGUUCGGGUCUGUAUGACCCGAAAUAAAAUUUAUACCUUCGUAAAAAUAUAUAGUACAGGAUUAUUUUCUUGAAACUUCUUGACAUCUUUGGUAAAUAUGUACUCCUAGAGGGAUUUGUUUAUUCGUAUUUCGAAGGAAUAUUUUUCAAUUUAUACAUAAUGUAUCGUUCUGGUCAAUAUGACCCAAUGCAAAAAAAAAAAAAAAAUAUUUUUACUUAUUCAUGUUCACUUUCGUUUGGGAUAGUUCAAAAGAAAUGAAUAACUAUUGUUUCUGUAAUUUACCCGUUUUCGAAAUCUGUUUCGUUGGCGUAUGUGUAUGGUCACAUGACAAGAGAGCGCGUGCAAGAUCAAAAAGUUGAUACGAUUGGCAGAGGACCAAACUAUUUGCUCUUAUUGCAACAUUAAUUUUUUCUGCUGUUUUUCACAUUCUGAUUUAUUGUAAAAGAGUUGUGAAUGCGAGAGAAAAAAUGGCGAAUCGCAGAAAUUUGAGUGAUGCUGAUAUAUCUAUUGAAGCUUCUGACAGCGAAGAAGUAUCGGAGUAUGAAAAUCAUGCAAGUGAUGAAAUUGAGAGUGAAAGUUCUGACAACGAUUUUGAUACCGAUAUUCAACAAAUGAACUAUAAAGGGAGUAUUCAGUCCAAGAAUCGUGAAAUAAAGUGGAAAUUGGAUCCGCUGCCACAUUCUUCUCAAUCAACAGCUGCUAAUACUAUAAAAACUACACCAGGGUCGCAACGUAUGCAACGGCAAGGAUAUCAGACGUAAAAACUGCAUUUGAGGUAGUAUUCAAUUCUACAAUUGAAAACGAAAUCAUAAAUGUGACUAACAUUGAAGGAGAAUAGGUUUAUGGAAAAAAGUGGAAGAAUAUUGAAAGUUAAACUUUCAAGCAUAUAUUGGAUUAUUGUUGGCUGGUGUUUAUAAAUCAUAUGGAGAAUCAACAAAAAGCCUAUGGAAUAAAGAAACUGGUAGAAAUAUAUUUCGUCGACAAUUGUGUGCCAAACCUGCAAGGUGCAAGCUCUGUCCAUCAAGCAAAGACAACAAAACUAAUAUGUUAUGCUACAAUUGUAAGAAUCGGAUUUGCAAACCUCAUGUAAGAUAUUGUUCAAAUUAUAAAUGAAGGUAAGUUUCAAUAUCUAAUAUUUUUCUGUUUUUAUAGGUGCUUUAUAUUAUUGUAAGUUUCGAAUUCAAAUAUUUUUCUGUUAAUUUUUACAGAAGCUUUAUACUAUUAGAUAUAUUUUUAAACUUAUAUUGCUAUUGUUUUAACCAUUUCUUAAAUGGCACCUGUCAAUUACUGCAAGAAAUGUGUUUUCUGAGUCGGGUCAUAUUGACCCGAACACUACAUACGUGAAGUAAAUACGAACAGAACAGCAGGAUUAACAGACAUUUAUUAUUGACUAAAUAUAUAAGUGAAAUACUUCUUUAAAAAAAUUACAAAAAUCGAUUUUGUUUAUCAAACAAAUUAACACUAUUUUUUUUAUUAGCAAGUACUUAUACUUUUUAAAAGUCAACAAUGCUCAGUUUAACAUCAUAACAAACUCCCAUAUUCUUUUUGUUAUGAGAAGCGACUCCAGUGUUUUUGUAUUGAUGAUGGAACAAGAUUUUGCCCCCCCCCCUCACUAAUCACCAGCAUUGCUGUGAGUGAAAAUUUAGGAAAAAGGAUAUUUAUCGCCAUUGUAGUUUUUCACUAUAUAUCCGUAACUACGUAGUUUUCGUCUAAUUUUCGUAGCAACUACGGGAAUUCCGUAGGUGUUGGAGGGUAUGCCGUAAUGUAAUUUUGGAUAAUGAAUAUGAAUAUAAUGAAACAAACUUAAAAAUAAAAUCAUGCUUGUUUUAAUCAAAUUUCUGCCUCCAUACAGUAGCAUAAUUGUUAUGUAAUUUAUCUUUAUUUCUUUUGGAAUACUUUUUCACAAAUCUGCAAUCUUGAUUCUAUUUGAAUACUUGUGUGAUUCUGUGUUUUUAUUAAACCUUUUUAUGGAGUCUGCUGCUUAAAUAAUUGAAAUUUAUUAUUUAGAAUGUUUGUAAUUAUUGUGAAAGUAGAGUAGGUUAAAAACUCAGUUUGCACAAUCUAUUUUUAAUUAGUUGUGUGCUCAUAAUAUAUAAUUAAAACUAUUAUUCAUUGAGAUUUGCUAGCAUUGUUCUUUGUUAUCUAUUCUUUUAAAAUACGAGGCAAUUCUUCAGAGUAGUUUUUAGAGCUAAGUAUUCAUUUUUCGAAUUGAGAGGUACUUGUAAUGCAUUUAAAUUGUGUGUAAUUUUACCUUCAAAAUUUGUCUCAAGUUGUUUUAUUUUUCGUGUAAGAAUAAAUAAUUGAUUGUUUUUGAAAAAAAAAAAAAAAGUUCUCUGUUUGAGCCCAUUAUGUUUUUCAACCAUCUAGUUGCAGCGAUUGCCAGAAGCUGUUUUCAAAAAUUUGCCAUCUAUUGCCAGUGGCUAUUCAUUUUUAUUUUUAAUUUUAAUUCAAAGGUAUUUUUCUUCAGAGGUAAAUACGAUCUAAUUAUUUUUAGUUCAGCGUUUGAUUAAUUUUAUAUUUAAUCUUCAUAUUUAAACUUAUUUUUAUUUAUAAAAAAUAGUGUAGAAAUACUCCACCUUGCAAAGUUUAUUUGUUCGCUGAUGGAUAAUUUAAUAUGUGAAGAUAUAGGGGUAUACUUAAUAGUCAUUUAUGUCAUCCAAGUUGACAAUUUGUAAAUUUUGCAGAACGAGAAGAUUUAUGGAAAUUAUAUUCAAUUAUGACAAACUUUAUUAAUGCCUAAGUGACAGACAGGUGGCAAAUUUGAAUUUUUCAAAAAAUUGUGAGGCUAUUUAUUCGAAUGUGGAGAAGAAACUUCUAGAAAUGUUAAUUUCAUGCCGAACUUGCUGAGAAACAUUUUUUGCUGAUAACCAAAUAUGAAGCAAAGAUUAUUUGUUGAAAUUAUAAAUUGUAACAGAUGUUUCUUUUAUUACUAAUGAUGUGUCAAGUUUUAUAUUUCUAAUGCAGUUUUUUAUAUUUCUUCACUUUCAUUGCAGUAUGAAUAUUCUGCAGUUCUCACUUGUAUAUAUUUUGAAAAUGCAUUUGUUAAUUUGCUGCCUUUAGGACUUUUAUAUUUUUAAAGCCAGUGCAAAUUUGUUUUUAGCGAAUGAUAUUUAUUUCACAAUAGUAUGCUAAUUAAAGGCAUUUUUUUUAAUGGCUUAGCAACAAUUAGACUAUAUGGUGGCAAACAUUUAGGAAAAUGCCAUUCGAAAAGUUCAAUUUAGAAUAAAUAAUCAAAUAUUUUUAGAAAGAUGAACUUUUUAUGUAUUUCUUAAAAUAUGCAAAACGAUUUCAGAUAAUACGAUUUUAUCUUGGAACAUUUUAUUUUCUUGUCAAAAUCUUAUUUAUGAAAAUAAAAAUGAGAAUUUUAAAGUAUAUUAAUUUUAUUUUACUAGGAAUGAGUAAUGAAAUGGAAGGGCAUUAAUUUGUUUGGCCAAUUUAACUAGUAAAUGGCUGAAAGGAAGGGUACCUGAGAAAAGAGAUUUCUGAAAAUGUGUCAGAUUCUUUUGUUAUUUAAGGAUGGUAUUUUGUGAUUAACAAAGUAUGUUAUUUGUAAUUUUUACUGCAACUUACAGUGAUAAUGUUUCAAAAAUUAGAAUCAACAAGUAAACAUGUAUAUAUAAUGAAUAGAAUGGAGUUUUUAAAGAAACGACAGUGGAAAAUUUAGUGUUCAGUAGUAAUUCACCCUGUUACAUCUUAGAAAGAAUUCUUAGUCUUCUCCAAUUUCUAUUUAAGAAGAAUGUAACAAAAUGUUUAACAUAUAAUUACUUCAAAAGUGAAUAUAUCUGGUUGCAGCAACAAUACCAAAGCAUUGAAAAGUUUAUAAAUUUCCUAAAAAAAUUACUGAAUCCUGCAAUGAUUUCUGUUUAUGGUAAGGAGAUGCAAUUUUUUUCUCAAUCUGUUUAUAUGAAGAUAUAUUGGCCAUUGUCUUGCAUGACAGCUUUAAAAGACUUUUUACAAGCUGUUUAAAACGAGGCCUUUCAAAAUGUAAAUAAGAAUAAGUAAUAAAAAUUCAGUUGGAAAAUUUCAAAACUUAUGUAAUUUGUGAUGCAGUCAAACCUCGCUUAGCGAGCACCUUGCAUAACGAGCGAUUCGCAUAAAGUGUAAAAAAAUAACUCGCUUAAAGAGCGAUAUUUCGCAGAAUGAGUGGCGAGCAGACACCGUGAUGUCACAUGCUGGAUAGAGCUGUAUCCUGUAGCACUUGUUUGAAAAGAGCCCUUAUGUCUAUAUGGAAAUUUAGGCUGGAUAGCAUUAUUGAACGCCAUUCCGAGGGUUUUGAGCUAGUUCCUUUUGAGCCUAAUCGAUGAGAUUUUGUCGGACUAAAAAUGGAUAGUAACGACAUCGAUGAGCUUAUGGAGAAACAGCCAGAACUAGGAGAUUUGGUUAAGAUAAUAGGGGCAACAGAGCAAUGACUUCCAGUGAGAAAAGAGAUACAGAAAGCAUGGGAAAUUAUUGCAUCAUAUGUUCGGAAGCAAUACCUUAAUAAGGCAAUUGCUAUCCUUGCUACAAACUCAUUUAAUGAUAAUUCUUUAUCUCGUUUUCGCCAAAUUCUGAGACGUAUUCAAAGACAAAUGUCUUCCGACAAUUUUCUUGUAAAAGCAGAAGCAAAUAAAUAAUAUUAUAAAUUUGAAUAUUUUGCUUUCGGAAUUGAAAGCGAUGCCCUAUUUUACAUGGAUUCCUAUAGAAAGAACUGUUUCGCAUUUCGAGUAAGAUUCAUGAACGAAUUAUGCUCUGUUAGCAAGGUUCCAUUGUAAUUUAUUUCUACAACCUACUUUACCGUUUCUGUAUUCCUAAUAUUUCAAUCUUGUUUCGUUCGAGUUAUAUGUGAAAAUAUUUUUCAAAUAUUAAAUAUGUUUUAGAUUUAUACAAAGAUAUAUAGGAAGAAAAUCCACUUAAUAUAGUUAUUGGUUUUAUUAAAAUGGAUUAGAAAGAAUUUACUGCAUAUUAUAUUUAAUUCAUCCCUUUACAUGUAGAUUGAUUUUUUUAAAUUCAUAAAGAGAAACAACUGGAAAUUUAUAGUGUCAUUUCAGGCGUUAUUGUUUCUUGAAAAUAAGUUGUCAUUGGAUGUAUUUUGUAAAUUUUUUUAUAUAGAUAGCAAAUAUGAUAAACAUUUAUCAAUGAUAAAUUUAGCAGUAUAUUGCCAUCUAAAUUUUAAUAUUAAAAAAACCAUGCUAUCAGCUGUUCGAUUCAAAUACAUUUUUAGAUUUUUGAAAUAUAGAAAUGUGUUAAUGCAGAGAUUAAAAGAAAAUCGAAAUUGCACUAGCAAAUUAAUAUUUUUACUUAUGCCUUAAUUACAUUUUGUAGGCAUUAGAUGAUUGCAUAUUCACAAUGUGUAGUAAUGAGAUUCCUUGUAAUAUUACCCUCAUGGUGACAGCCUAUUCAUGUUCCCCUCUUUAUCACUCGGGAGUGAAAAUACUCAUCAGGGAAAUACUUAAUUCAAGCCUGUCCAUAUUAAGUACUGAUCCAAAACUUAGGUAUUUUGAACAUCUAAAAGUAUGAACUCCGUUUCUUAUUUUCUUUAUCGACUUCUCUGAUAUACAUAUGAAACAAUCUCUUUUCUGUAUACUUCUUAAUAUGCUAGAUACAUUUCUCUUUUAUAAUUCAGUUUUUGUUUGAACUAAUUGAAGAACUUAACGGCGCUAGUUUGUAAAAUUAAUUCGGAAAAACGUAGGCAGUUUUUAUUUUAUUGGUGAUAGAAUCAGCACAAUGAAUUUGUUUCCUAAAUGUACUGUUAGUACAUUAAUUAUAUAAACUAUUAAGUGCAAGAUAUUUGGAAAGAAAAAUUUAACUACAUAUAUUUCGUAACAGUUGUUUAUUUUUGAGCAUCAAGCUUGAAAACGAUAUUUACCUAACCUGCUGUUUAAAAUAUUGCGUGUUUGGCAAUGACUUUGUUAAUUUAAGAAUUAUAGUAUAUUAUUAUUGAAUUAAUACAGGAUUUGCCUUUCAUUUGGAGAUUUCUGAUAUUUUCAUGUUUUUUGCUAUUGGUGAUGAAGUGAAGCGUUUUGCAUAUUUUAGUACAAAGUGUAUUUUUAUCCUUAUAAUUCUUUUUAAAAAUUGGAGAGAAGAAAUAUCCAGAUCCAUUUAUUGGAAAGAAAUCGCUGCUUAUUUUAGUGCUAAUUCAUGUAGCUGAAUUUUUCAAACCUGUUAGUGAGAAUAGAUGUAACAUAUUUAAAAAUAUAGAAUUUUUUUUUUUUUUUUUUUUUUGCUAUCUUUUUUAUCAGUAGCAAACAAUUUAUUUGCUGCUGUUUUUUAAAUAUGCAGUUAAAGUGAAUUUUAGAUUUGUGACAUAAUUGCUAUUAUAUAUUUGAAAUAUUUAUGCUCUUAGAAAAUGCUUCAUUUUAUUGAAAGAACCCAUAUUGGCUCUCAUUUAGUGUAUUUUUUUCUUGUGAAACAUGCAAAAUAUUUAAGAGAGAGAGAAUCACAUUGUGUUAUAAUAGCUAUAAAAAUAUGGUCUUGUAUUAUUAAUGUUGUACAUUUUGCUGUUAGUUGCAGAUAGGUUUUGGAGUAAAGUAGCAAGAAGAGUGAAUCAAAAUGAAUAUUGACUACAUAAAAUGUUGUGAAAAAGAUUUUUUUUUUUUUUGUGUGUUAUAUAUGCCUUGUGUUUUAAUGUUAUUUUUAUUACAAAGGCUAAAUACUAUGAAAAAAUCUUUUUAUUGAUGUCACAUUAAUCUUGUUUUCCUAUAUGGGAUUUUUUUUUAUGAUGUAAUUUGUCAUGUGUAUUCUGUUUUUUUGAAGCUGAGUAUACUUUUAAAAUAAAUUUUGUUGCAUAAUCUAUUAGUGUAUCUUAUGAUUAUUAUUUAAAUUGUAAUUUAUUUACCAUGAAAGCUUCUCCAGCACCACUUCUUUGUAUCUGACCGUUAACUAAGAAAAAGAACAGUUAGUGACUCUAAUUGUAACUAGUGAUGUGGCAGUCAUUUUUCUAUACCGUUCACUAGUCAAUAAAAUUCCCUUUCUUUUUAA